AUGAUCAGAAAAUGGGCCAGUGACCUUGGACUUGGCCCCAAUCUCGUCAACCCACCAUUUGAUCGGUCCCUCUCCCUCGUUGAGCUACCAGUGUGCUCGUUCCUCAGUCCCAACAUGAACAGGGUGAUUGCAAGAAGGGUUGUGCCUAAUAUCUGUGGGUUGAAAUAUGCACGGAAGACUUUCUGUGAUGAAGCUGCAAACUUACCUGGCUCAAACUGUGGCCUAACUAACAAUGAACCUGUUGACAAGCUUGAUUCGACAAACAAUGUACCCCAAUAUGACAUUGCUAUUGUUGGAGGUGGGAUGGUUGGCAUGGCUCUCGCUUGUUCUCUAGCAAGCAUGCCCCUAACGAAGCAGUUAAGUCUUGCAAUCAUUGACAGCAAUCCUGCUUUAAUGAGUGGGCGUUCAAUCAACAAAGAAGAUCCUCCUGAUCCAAGGGUCAGUACAAUCACUCCUGCAACCCUCUCUCUUUUCAAAGAUGUUGGCGCUUGGCAAUAUGUUGAACAGCAUCGACAUGCUUAUUUUGAUAGGAUGCAGGUUUGGGAUUACACUGGCCUUGGAUACACAAGAUACAAUGCGAGGGAUGUGAACAAAGAAGCACUAGGGUGUGUGGUGGAGAAUAAGGUGCUUCACAAAUCUCUGUUGUCAUGUGUGCAGCACGCAGAUUUCCAGAAGACUAUUUAUCCUUCCAGAUUAACUUCAAUGACUCUGCAUCAAAGCUCAUCAUCAGCGGGAUUAGAUUGCACAUCAUCGGGAACAUUGAAUGCUCAUGGAAGUAUAGCAAAGCUGGAACUAAGCAAUGGCAGUAGCUUGUAUGCUAAGUUGGUGGUUGGAGCUGAUGGAUCUAAGUCGCGUGUUCGGGAGUUGGCAAGUAUCAAGACGACUGGUUGGAAGUACUCUCAGGAUGCAAUCAUCUGCACAGUAGAACAUAUGGAGGAAAACAGAUGUGCAUGGCAACGAUUUCUACCUGCUGGUCCGAUUGCACUUUUGCCAGUGGGUGACAAGUUCAGCAACAUAGUUUGGACUAUGAAGCCCAAGGAGUCAUCAGAAUUUAAAUCAAUGAAUGAAUAUGAUUUUGUGAAAACAAUAAACCAUGCUUUGGAUUAUGGAUACGGACCUAAUCCUCAGUCACAAUUAUCUGGUGGUGGAAGUAUAUUUUCUUGGCUCGGAGGAGAUGUGGCCUCUUCGGCGAAUGAAUGGUUUGAGGUUCCACCAAAAGUAGUCAAAUUGGCAUCAGAUAGAAUGGUGUUUCCAUUGUCUUUAAUGCAUGCUAAUUGUUAUGCGACAAAGCGUGUGGUUCUUAUUGGUGAUGCUGCACACACUGUUCAUCCUUUGGCUGGUCAAGGUGUUAAUAUGGGUUUUGGCGAUGCAUUUUCUCUUUCAAGAGUCAUUGCUGAAGGUGUUGCUGUAGGAUCUGACAUUGGGGAGGUAUCGCUAUUAAAGAAAUAUGAAGCAGAUAGGAAACUUGCAAAUGUGACAAUGAUGGCUGUUCUGGAUGGUUUUCAGAAGGCAUACUCUGUUGAUUUUGGACCGCUAAAUAUAUUACGAGCGGUUGCAUUCCAUGGGGCACACUAUAUCUCCCCGCUCAAAAGGAGUAUCAUCUCUUUUGCUUCAGGCGAGCAGAGAUUGCCAGUUUUCUCGUAAGAUAAAUGUAUUUCGAAUCCAUGACAUGUAUAUAUGGCAAGAGCCAUACCCGGGGACUUGGUGGUAGCAAAUUCUGGCAUUUAGGAUCCAGAUUUAUUGUUGUUUGUUUUCUUCUCUGUCCCUAGCCUUUGUAUCUCCAUUCACAUGAGCCCUCGAAAUGAGAGAGUUUUGACGUUAUAAAUGUCAAAUGAAGUCUUCCGUUUUCCCUUCCCCAGUUUGCUAUAGUAAAAAGUAACAUUUUGCUUGCGCCACAUCAACACGGCAAGCAGAUACUGAAGUGUUUUUAAGUCUCCAUCACUAGGCUUCAGGAGCUAGGCCCUUUUGAGGUGAUGUUUGGGUUGGGUUGUUUUGUGAUUCUAUUAAACAUUUUCCUGCAGGUAUAUGGUUAGGAUGAA